CUCCCUGUUGCGUUGCCCCGAUUCCCGUAUACUUUUUCUGUGUUAAAGCUCCAGCUGUUCUGCUUCAUCCACACUCCACUAAAUUCCGUCACUUUCUCGAGAAGAAGUAAAUUUUAGCCUGUCGAGACCAUUGGACUAACGGAGGUUAUUUGUAAUUAUUUGUUCGGUAUUUGAAAUAAAACAUGGCACAGAGUAAUUGGGAAGCCGACAAGAUGCUCGAUGUUUACAUUCAUGAUUAUUUGUUGAAAAGAAAAUUGCAUGCUUCUGCAAAAGCUUUUAUGACUGAAGGGAAAGUUGCCACAGAUCCAGUAGCAAUUGAUGCUCCAGGAGGAUUUCUCUUUGAAUGGUGGUCUGUCUUUUGGGACAUAUUCAUUGCAAGGACAAAUGAGAAGCAUUCUGAGCCUGCUGCUGCUUACAUUGAGGCCCAGCAAAUUAAGGCAAGGGAGCAACAACAACUGCAAAUGCAGCAAUUGCAACUCAUGCAACAGCGCAAUGCACAGCUACAACGCAGAGAUCCUAAUCAUCCUGCUAUUGGCAGUUCUAUGAAUGUUAUGAACUCUGAAGGAAUGAUGGGGCAGCCAUCAGCCAGCAUAUUGGCCAUGAAAAUGUACGAGGAACGUAUGAAACACCCUCAUUCAAUGGAUUCAGAAACACCCCCAGCACUUGAUACAAAUAGGAUGGCACUUCUCAAAUCAGCAACCAAUCAUCCUGGCCAGUUGGUACAAGGUACUUCUGGGAACAUGUCUGCAGCUUUGCAACAAAUCCAGGCACGAAGUCCUUUAACAACUGACAUCAAAAGUGAGGUUAGUUUGGGUGCAAGCCAAAAAAGCUUGCCAAUGGAUCCUUCAUCAGUUUAUGGACAAGCGAUUUUUCAGUCAAAAUCUGGAGUAGGUGGUGCAGGAUUGAAUCAAGGCAUCACUGGUCUUCCGCUAAAGGGCUGGCCUUUAACUGGAAUUGACCAGCUACGACCAAGUUUAGGUGUACAAGUACAGAAACCUAAUCUACCAACUCAAAGUCAGUUUCUUCUAGCAUCACAACAACAGCAGGUCAUGGCACAGGCUCAGGCACAAAGCAACCUUGGAAAUUCAUCUAACUAUGGAGAUAUGGAUCCACGUCGAUUUUGUGGACUGCCUAGGGGUAGCUUGAAUGCAAAAGAUGGUCAAUCCACAAGAAAUGAUGGGUCUAUAUGCUCUCCAGUGCAAGCAAGUUCACCAAAGAUGAAGAUGGGCCAGAUGCAACAUUCUUCAUCUCAACAACAGGACCAAUUGCAACAGAAUUUCAGAAAAAGAAAACAGCAUUCUUCUUCUGGAGCUGCGAACAGUACUGGUACAGGAAAUACGGUUGGCCCUUCUCCUAGUUCUCCACCAUCCACCCACACACCUGGCGAUGGAAUAACAACAGCAAGUAGCAUCCAGCAUGUUAACAGCGUGCCUAAAAGCUUGAUGAUGUAUGGUCCUGAGGGGACGGCAGGCCUUGCGUCAUCUUCUAAUCUGCUUGAAGAUAUGGAACGAUUUGGAGAUGUCAGUGCUUUAGAUGAUAAUGUGGAGUCAUUUCUGUCUCAUGAUGGAGAUGGAGGGAACUUAUAUGGGACGUUGAAGCAAAGUCCAACUGAGCACCAAAAAGAGUCUUCUAAAGGUUUUACCUUCAGUGAAGUUGGUUGCAUACGGACAAGAAACAGCAUGGUUACUUGCUGUCAUUUUUCUUCAGAUGGGAAGUUGCUUGCUAGUGCCGGACAUGACAAGAAGGUUGUCCUCUGGAACAUGGACACACUAAAAACAGAAGGCACCCCUGAAGAACACAAAUCAGUGAUUACAGAUGUUCGUUUUAGGCCGAAUUCAUCUCAGCUGGCUACAACUUCAGUGGAUAAGUCUGUGCGAUUAUGGGAUGCAGCAAAUCCAAGCUAUUGUCUGCAAGCAUAUAAUGCACACGCUUCAGCUGUUAUGUCCCUUGAUUUCCACCCAAAGAAGACUGAUCUGUUCUGUUUCUGUGAUAAUAACAAUGAAAUACACUAUUGGAACAUUAAUUCAUUCUCCUGCACUCAUGUCUCCAAGGGAGGUAUGGCACAAGUGAGAUUUCAACCAAAAAUUGGACAGUUCUUGGCAGCAGCUUCAGAUAAAGUGGUGUCCAUCUUUGAUGUCGAAACUGACAGGCAAACAUACUCAUUCCAGGGACAUUCGGAAAUGGUAAAUUAUAUUUGCUGGGAUGCAAAUGGAGAUUACUUGGCAUCUGUUAGUCAGAACUUGGUGAAGAUUUGGUCAUUAGCCUCGGGAGAGUGCAUUAAUGAGCUCGGCUCUAAUGGGAAUCAGUUCUACUCUUGCGUCUUUCACCCUAGUUAUUCAACUCUCUUGGUCAUUGGAGGAAUCUCGUCAUUGGAGUUAUGGAACAUGGCUGAGAACAAAAGCAUGACAAUUUCAGCACACGAGAACAUCAUCUCGGCUUUGGCACAAUCACCUGUCACCGGAAUGGUUGCCUCAGCAAGUCAUGACAACACUGUGAAGUUAUGGAAAUAGCUCCCAACUAGUCUCUCAAAUAUUUCGGAGCUUGUGGCGUCGCUUUCAAAAUCCUCCACAAAAAUCUUGGGAAACCAAAUAGCAGCAGCAACAAGCAUGUUUAAUCAGACACCAUUGGAAUAGUUAUGUGUUCCAAUUCCCAAAUAUGUUUUUAAGUUAAACGUGCUAAUUUUGUAAUUCAAAUAUUAAAUGUUAUUCUGCUUGGAAUAGCCGAAAAUCGUGGAGCUAUGUAUAUCAACUGAAUUCUGAUAUUUUCAUUCGGUUGCUUUUGCUUUU